GUGGAUGACUUUCCCCGUCUGCUAGUACUCUCUGAGAAGGUGUAACAUGCAUCCCCUGCAAUAGACAGCCAUGAUGCUGACACUGAGGUAGAAGCCAUGAAUGAAAAUAAAGAUGAACCCAAAGAUUUCAUCAAACUGAACUAUGAAAAACUCUCUACAGAUGAAGUGUCAGAGCUGGUGAUUUCUCCAUGCUGUGGGGCUGUGUCCCUGUUCAUAGGUACUACAAGGAAUAACUUCGAAGGGAAAAAGGUGAUUCACUUAGAAUAUGAAGCAUACUCACCAAUGGCAGAAGCUGAAAUAAAGAAAAUCUGUAGAGAUGUUAGACAGAAAUGGCCUUCAGUCAAACAUAUAGCAGUGCACCAUAGACUUGGUUUAGUUCCAGUAACAGAAGCAAGUGUGAUCGUAGCAGUCUCCUCUCCACACCGAGUGGCAUCUCUUGAGGCUGUGCAAUACUGCAUCAACACUUUGAAAGCAACUGUUCCAAUUUGGAAAAAGGAGAUUUAUGAGGAGGAAUAUUCUUGGAAAGAAAACAAGGAAUGCUUUUGGGCAGAUGUGGAAAAAUAACUCCACCUCCAAAGUCACUCUACUGUGCAUGCAGAUCAGCCUUUAGUUGCCCACCACUGCUCUAUAGUAAAUCUAACUAGUAAUAGCAUAUGCAUUAUAACAAACACUUGAGUCUAAGACAGAAUGAAAUACAGACAGUAAUUAGAUUAAGUUCACAAAUAACUUUUGUUUUUUUGUAAAAUCACCCAGCUGUGCUUUUUUAAAUAGCUAGACAGUUUUUUAAAACCAUUUCCCCAAAAAUUCUUAAUUGAAAGGAGUCUAGUUUUAUAUACUAUAUGCUGCUUUAAUACCUUUAUUCUGGCACCUUGUGUGUUCACUGCCAGCACUGGAGAGCACAACAUGACAAUCAGGUUUGUGGUUUUUUAAUCUUAAAAAUACCCUUUGUUAGUUUUAUAUGACUGCAAAGUCAACAUACCGACUUUUAGAUAGUUUGACACUUCUAAUUUGAUUAAACCUUUUUGGUACAAGCAGAGAAAAAAUAUAAAUGAUCCCCAGAGUUACUAAUGGUUACUUCCCAGUAAGCUUUGUUUCAUAAAAAUAUUUUUACUGUGUAGUUGAUACUACAGGUCCAUCACAUUAAGGAAAUUUAAAGCUCUUUAUUUGAAGUGAGAUCAUAGACAACUAAUUUGCAUUAGCAAUAAAACACAAACUUAACUGAACUUUAAUAGAUGUAUAGAGGUGACUAGUUUUGAAGCAGCUUUUGCAGCUGUCUUAUUCUAUGGGUUUAAAAAAGCCAAUAGUUGUUACAAAUUAAAACAGUGUUAAGUCUCUGACUUGAAUUUACAAAUGCAAGAAUAUUUAGAGUUAAGA